CACACCCUACCGCGCCUGGCUGAACCGAAGGGAGGCCAUUUCUCCCUCUCUCUGCUUCUGCAGGGCAGGGUGUCCAGGCUCCAGCACCUCCAGGGGCCUAGCAGGCGAGCCGCGUGCGGCACAGGUCGUGUUCGGCGAGCCCGAUCCACCCAGACCCAGCACAUCUACCUACCCGCCGGACCACGCGCCAGCCUCUUACCCUCCUCCUUCUCCACUUCGGGUACUAAACAGACCAGUGACCUGAAACGAAGAGAUGCCUCUAAAAGGCAGGCGGAACUGGAAGCCGCUGUGCGGAGGAAGAUGGAGUUUGAAAGGAAAGCUGUACGUAUCGUAGAGCAGCUCUUAGAGGAGGACGUCACAGAAGAAUUCCUCAAGGAGUGUGGGAUGUUCAUCACGCCAGCUCACUACAGCGAUGUUGUGGAUGAGAGGUCCAUCAUCAAACUCUGUGGCUAUCCUUUAUGUCAGAAGAAGCUAGGAGUUAUACCGAAACAGAAAUAUAGAAUUUCUACUAAAACCAAUAAAGUCUAUGAUAUUACUGAAAGAAAGUCUUUCUGCAGCAAUUUUUGCUACAGAGCAUCUAAAUUUUUUGAAACACAGAUUCCCAAAACUCCAGUAUGGGUUCGAGAAGAAGAGAGACCUCCUGAUUUUCAGUUGCUGAAGAAAGGACAAAGCGGCUCUUCUGGAGAAGUAGUACAGUUCUUCAGAGACGCCAUUACCGUAGCAGAUGUUGAUGCGCAGUGUGAACCUGCUUCUUCCAGCUCUAGGAGUGAGUGUGCCAGUGAUGAGGAAGAGCAAGGCUUUGUUUCUUCUAUUCUACCAGGAAACAGAUCAAAGGCAGUGGAUACAAGACCACAGCCACACACAAAAAACAGCAUAAUGAAAAAGAAGGCUGCUCAGAAGGUGAACUCCAAGCAGGGAGAUCAGACCGUGUCCGAGGUUACUGAGAAGUUGGAUAAUUGCAGAUUAGAUAGCCAGGAGAAAGUGGCCACUCGUAAACUUCCUUUAAAAAAAGAAAAUACUCAGAUUUCUUCACCUGACCCUUUGUGUGACACAUUCAACACUUCCACAGUUUCUGAAGAUAAACACAGUGUAUCACAAGUUACUCUUGUGGGCAUAAGCAAGAAGAGUGCUGAGCACUUCAGGAACAAAUUUACCAAGUCUAACUCAGGCUCUGGGUCAGCCUCUGGUUUGGUGCAGGUACGUCCUGAGGUGGCGAAGGCAAACUUACUCCGAGUUCUAAAGGAUACCCUGACUGAAUGGAAGACAGAAGAAACACUGAAGUUUUUAUAUGGCCAGGACCAUGAUUCUGUGUGCAUGAAACCCUCUUCAGCCUCGGGGCCUGAUGAAGAACUUGAUGAAGAUGACAUAAGCUGUGACCCAGGGAGUUGUGGUCCUGCCCUGAGUCGAGCGCAGGACACCCUGGAUGAGACACUGCCCUUUAGAGGCUCAGACACGGCCAUUAAGCCGCUGCCAAGUUAUGAGAGCUUGAAAAAGGAAACAGAGAUGCUGAACCUGAGGGUCAGGGAGUUUUACAGAGGGCGCUGUGCUGUAAAUGAAGAUACUACCAUGUCUCAGGGCUCAAAAGAGAAUGUGUUUCAGCGUGAUCUCAGCUUCCCACUGAUUGAUUCAAGUUCCCAGAACCAGAUUAGAAGACGGAUUGUUCUUGAAAAAUUGAGAAAAGUAUUGCCUGGACUUUUGGGUCCUCUUCAGAUUACAAUGGGAGAUAUUUAUACUGAACUUAAAAACCUCGUUCAGACUUUCAGAUUAUCAAAUAGAAACAUUAUACACAAACCUGUGGAAUGGACUCUAAUCUCUGUGGUCUUGCUGUUACUAUAAAGCUCUGAAGUGAAGGCCCAUGAUGGCAUGCCCCUGGCAUGCUCUCUCAUCUGUCCUCUCUGAUCUCUUCCAACACCAUCGCACUGCUGGCCUUACCUACCUAUUAGUUUCUUAUUUUGGUGACUGUCUUUUUACCUAAAGUAAAUUUUGUUUUGUGUUUUGGGAUCCUCUCACUCCAUGACCCAGGCAGCCAUGCUGCCCACAGCUGACAGCAGUCAGCUGCCUCAAGUCUUCCAGGUCUAGGAUUACAAGAGUGUACCACUACAGCCAGCUUACCUAAGACAGAGUUAAUAGAACUCUUAUGUGUGUAACUACCUUCUAACAAGCCCUAUUUCACUAAAUGUAAAUCCACUGCCCUAGAGACAACACUUGUCUUGAAGCUCUAACCUCAGCUUCACAAAUAUUCACAUUUUGGAAGUGUGAGGAGUUAGACUGAAUUCAGAUUUUGCUGAAGCAGCACUUGUUUCUAAUGAGACAGUCUUAGCAGCUCCUGGUGCCAGCCCUGAUGUUCAGCUGAAGCAGGAGAGUGAGGGGUGCUGAAGGAUGGUGAGAGCUCUGUGGGGUCACUGGAGGCAUCUAUGAGAGUAAAGCCACAUUCUGAAAAGAUGGCUCUCUGCCCCUUUGUCCCUUCGCCUAGCGCAUUUCCAAUCUCUCUCCCACACUUCUCUCUUUGACUUGAAGUCAGUGUUCCUUGGUAAAGGUUUCCUCAGAUCUUAAUUUCAAAAAUGAAGAACUAGGGCUAGUGGAGUUGAAAGUUGGUCUUGUGUAUACAAAGCUGGGUUUGGGUUUAGUAUACACACGCAUACACACACACUAAAUUAAAAUAAAAAUUAGAUAAACUGUAUUUCUGCUUCCAAAUACUAUUUCACUCUUACUUCUUUAGUUGUUCCACUUCAUUCUCCUCCUGCCCCAGAUCAGUGAUUUGCCCUGGGAAAACUAAGACACAAUCUGAAACAGGUGUCCUAUGCAACUGUGUCUAACCCUGGUGUCUCUUCUCUCACAUUUCUGAUCUUUGCCUCUCAUGCCCUUCUGUUUCCAAUGGCCUGGUAGUCCAUCUAUGAGAUGUAAACAUAUAGUUCAUCCUUG